AUGACCAAUAAGGCAUACGAGAAAAUUGAAUUGAGAUUGUCACUUUAUCCGAUAGAAACUACCAUACUCAGAUAUUUAUUUGAUUUCGGAGAUAUGACAACUGCAGUGUCAAUUUUUCAUGCUACAAGGUUGAUGAAUAUCGAAACUUUAAAUUCCAACGAACAACCUAUUCAACAUGCAGGCACUAAGAGGAAAUCUACGUGA